GGUAUUCCGCGCAUAAAGAAUCUUCUCCACUAAGCAACCACCUGAAAACGUUCCGCCACACACCCUCGCUCCAUCGUGUUUCGCGUUUCUUCCUGCAUAGGGUACCUCCCCGCACCGCAAACAUGGAGUCGUACAAGAAGCUAGAGGCGCUCUUCACCAAGGUGAGCCGACUCAAUCACUUUAUCUCCCUCGGUGACUGGGACAUGAACACCUAUAUGCCUCCGAAGGGUGAGGAGUCGCGCGGUGAGGCGCUCGCCACGUUGUCGGAGAUCCGCUUCGGGUACAUGACGGCACCGGAGGUGAAGGAGUGGCUGGACGCAGCGAAGCAGGGCAAGGCGGAGCUGAGCGCGGUGCAGCAGGCAAACUUGCGCGAGAUGGAGCGUGCGUGGAGGAGCGACAACAGCCUCCCUGUCGAGUUCGUGGGCCGCAAGAUGCGGCUGACGACCCGCGCGCACAGUGUGUGGCGCGACAGCCGUGCUGCGAACGACUUCGCGAAGUUCCUGCCCGUUCUGAAGGAGCUGGUGGAGUUGGCACGUGAGGAGGGCGGCUACCUCGCCGCUGGCACGUCCCUGUCGCCGCUGGAGGCGUUGAUGAACCAGUACGAGCCCGGCAUCACGACGAAGAAGGUGGACGAGGUCUUCGACAAUGUGAAGUCGUGGCUGCCACAGCUGCUGCAGGACAUCCUGAAGAAGCAGGCGAGCGAGUCGGUGACGGCGUAUUCGGAGAAGUUCCCGUUGGAUAAGCAGGAGGCGCUGUGCAAGGAGUUUCUGCGCGUGUGGAACUUCGACAUGGAAGCCGGCCGCCUCGACAUCAGCCCCCAUCCCUUCACCGGCAUGACGAAGGAGGACUGCCGCCUCACCACCAACUACAUCGAAGAGACGUACGUGCAGAGUUUGUACGGCGUGAUCCAUGAAGGUGGUCAUGGCAAGUACGAGCAGAACUGUGGACCACGCGACAUGAUCACGCAGCCCGUGUGUGAGGCGCGCUCGUUGGGCGUCCACGAAAGCCAGUCCCUGUUCGCUGAGUUCCAAAUCGGCCACGCUGCUUCCUUUGUCGAGUACCUGGCGAAGCGCCUGCCGGAGUUCUUCGAGCCCCAGCCGGCCUUCUCACCGGAGAACCUGAAGAAGGCGCUGCAGCGUGUGCAGCCUGGCUACAUUCGCGUCGACGCCGAUGAGGUGUGCUACCCGCUGCACGUGAUCUUGCGCUACGAAAUCGAACGUGACCUGAUGGAGGGGAAGAUGGAGGCCGAGGACGUGCCGCGUGUGUGGAACGAGAAGAUGCAGCAGUACCUUGGCCUGUCGACGGAGGGUAAGGACAACGUGGGAUGCCUGCAGGACGUGCACUGGUCUAUGGGCUCACUGGGCUACUUCCCGACCUACGCGCUGGGUGCGAUGUAUGCGGCGCAGAUCAUGGCGAGCAUCCGCAAGGAGCUUGGGGACGAGAAGGUGGAUGAGUGCCUGCGCACCGGCAACCUCGGUCCGCUUCUGGAGAAGCAGAAGGAGAAGAUCUGGGACCACGGCUGUCUGUACGAAACGGACGACCUGAUUACCCGUGCGACGGGCGAGAAGCUAAACCCAGAGUACCUGCGCAAGCACCUGGAGGCGCGCUACCUCGGCGCCUAA